CUUUUCAAAUUGCCCCUCUGAAGUAGAAGAUAUCCAUUUUUACCAAGGUCUAAUCUUUGGAUAAGGUCACCACUUUCCCAUUGUAAAAGAAGAAAGCAACUUUGAUAUAAAUCCUUAAGCUUUGCCUUUCUUGUUCCAAUUACCUUUUCUUUUAUGUGAUAAAACAAAUACUAGUUGUCGUCGUGAUCAAGAAAUGGGACUUGGGACUGGCCAAUUACGCUAAGGUAAACAAUAGUGCAAUACGGUUUCCACAACAGAAACUUCCAAGAAGCAGCCUUGUACCAGUGAAGGUCAUAUCCACUUUCACUUACUACCCAACAAACCUUACCAGCUCACUCUGCAAAUUGAAUUCUUCGCCCACUGAUUCCGCGCUCACUCUGAAAUCUUCAUCCAAGAAAUGUUGAAAAAACUGAUUUCUUGAUACGAAUAUCUUUAGACUGGAAUUGAUGGGUGGAAUAUUUUCAAAACGAGCAAGUCCACGUCACGCUUCUACUUCAUACUCAUGGAGCUAUCCACAGCCACAGUUUGCUCAACCAAGUCAAGAAUAUAUGCCAUAUCAACACUAUGCAUCUCCUCCUCAAAGCUAUGGUAGUCUACCCCCAGAUUCAGGGAGGCGGUUGGAGAGAAAGUACUCUAAGAUAGAUGAUAAUUACAACAGUUUGGAGCAGGUUACUGAUGCCUUGGCACGCUCAGGUUUGGAGUCUUCAAAUCUCAUUGUCGGUAUUGAUUUCACAAAGAGCAAUGAAUGGACAGGUGCUAGGUCAUUUAACCGAAGAAGCCUACAUCACAUAGGAGAUGAUUUGAAUCCCUAUGAACAAGCAAUAUCCAUCAUUGGAAAAACAUUGUCCUCAUUUGAUGAGGAUAACUUGAUUCCUUGUUUUGGAUUUGGAGAUGCAUCAACACAUGAUCAAGAAGUAUUCAGUUUUUAUCCAGAUGAGAGGUUUUGUAAUGGGUUUGAGGAAGUGUUAAGUCGAUAUAAGGAAUUGGUCCCUCAUUUAAGGCUAGCAGGGCCAACAUCAUUUGCACCUGUCAUUGAAAUGGCAAUUACAAUUGUUGAGCAAAGUUGUGGACAGUACCAUGUUCUAGUUAUAAUAGCUGAUGGACAGGUGACCAGAAGUGUUGAUACUCAGCAUGGCCACCUAAGCCCACAGGAGAAGGGAACUGUUGAGGCAAUUGUGAAAGCAAGUGAGUAUCCGCUGUCAAUUAUAUUAGUUGGUGUUGGAGAUGGACCAUGGGACAUGAUGAAGGAAUUUGAUGACAACAUCCCAGCUCGUGCAUUUGAUAAUUUCCAGUUUGUGAAUUUUACAGAUAUAAUGUCAAAGAACGUUGACCGAUCGAGAAAAGAAGCAGAAUUUGCCCUAGCAGCCUUAAUGGAAAUACCAUCCCAGUAUAAAGCAACGCUAGAGCUCAAUAUAUUGGGUUGUACUAGAGGGAAGGCUAUAGAUAGAGUUCCUCUUCCCCCUCCUCAGUAUGGUGUGGCUUCAUUUGGUAACUCAAAACCUUUGCACUCAAGCAGUUAUCGUUCAAGUGCACCUUCUUCUGGUAGAUAUGGUGCAGCUGGCACAGCUCCUCCUGCAAGUUCUGCUUCUGAUAAUCAUGUUUGUCCAAUUUGCCUUACCAAUGCAAAGGAUUUGGCCUUCGGUUGUGGACAUCAGACAUGCUGCGACUGUGGUCAAGAUCUUCAGUUAUGCCCUAUAUGCCGGAGUGCCAUUAACACCAGGAUAAAACUCUAUUAGGUUCAUCCAUGUGCAUUUAUCCUAGAAGAAAUAAAGAGCAUCAAUCAGUGGCGCCAUACUGGCUGGCAUCGAAUGAGAGGCAAUAAAUCUUUGAAUUAGCUAUUUAUAAGGAAGGGCUGCGUUCACUAAUGGCUUCCAUCAAUAUGUUUGGCUGCUGCUGCUAUUAUUGUAAUUGCUGCUGUUACAAUUCCAUCAAUAUGUGCAUUUCUUACUCUGUAUAUGUACAUAUAUUUCAGCUAAUAACAGUUUCAUUUUCUGGAUCCCAA